CUCCUGCUCCUCCUGCUCCUCCUCCUCCUCUCAGAUGCCCUCCCGCUGCAGGACAGUGUUGAACAUCGUGGUGACCACCCUCUUUGCUGCAGUGGUCCUCUUCACCGUCCUGCUGGCCUACGUCACAGGUUACCAGUUCAUCCACACGGAGCAGCACCACCUUUCCUUCGGCCUGUACGGUGCCUUCCUCUCGCUCCACCUCUUUCUUCAGAGCCUCUUCGCCUUCCUGGAGCACCGGCGGAUGCGGAGUCCGGCUCGACCUCAGCACCUCCGCCGCUCUGUGGCGCUCUGCAUCGCCGCCUACCAGGAGGACCCGGAUUACCUGAGGAAGUGCCUGCGCAGCGUCCGGCGAAUCUCCUUCCCUGGCCUGAAGGUGGUGCUGGUGGUGGACGGGAACCGGCCCGAGGACCGUUACAUGAUGGACAUUUUCCAGGAGGUGAUGGGUGGUGCCGACCAGGCUGGCAGUCUGGUGUGGAAGGGAAAUUACCACAGUGAUGGAAGCGUCAGAGGUGGAGUUGGAGGCGGAGGGAGGAGCAUGGUGCACAUGGAGGAGGCGGCACGAGUGGCUCGGCUGGUCAGAGGUCGACGGUACUCCUGUGUCAUGCAGGAGUGGGGCGGGAAACGAGAGGUGAUGUACACGGCCUUUAAAGCUUUGGGAGACAGCGUGGACUAUGUUCAGGUGUGUGACUCAGACACAGUUCUGGAUCCAGCCUGUACCAUUGAGAUGCUAAAGAUCCUGGAGGACGACGCCAUGGUGGGAGGAGUCGGUGGAGACGUACAG